AGCUGGCUCUUGCAUUGUGUUUAUUGGAUGAAACUCAGCUAUUCACUCUCAGUGAAGUGGGUAAAAACCCUUAACUGCAGUUUACAUGUGUAGGUCACUGCGUUACUGCGUUAGCCACUGUCUCUACGCAGCAAUGACAAGGCUAGAAGAAGCAAACAGAGAAGUGAACAUGCACUCAUCUGUCAGAUACCUAGGCUAUCUUGCCAGAAUCAACUUACUAGUUGCCAUUUGCAUGGGCCUUUACGUCAGAUGGGAGAAAACUGCGGAUGCACUGAUUUUGGUAAUAUUUAUCCUGGGGCUUUUUGUUCUUGGAAUUGCCAGCAUCCUCUACUACUAUUUUUCAAUGGAAGCAGCAAGUUUGAGUCUCUCCAAUCUUUGGUUUGGUUUUUUGCUUGGCCUUCUCUGUUUUCUCAAUAAUUCUACCUUCAAAAAUGAUGUGAAAGAAGAAGCUACGAAGUACUUGCUCCUUUCUGCCAUUGUUUUAAGGAUAUUAUGUGCUUUGGUUGAGAGGAUUUGUGGCUGUAUCCAUCACCGUCCGACUCUGCUGACAACAGUUGAAUUUUUGGAACUGGUUGGAUUUGCAAUUGCCAGUACAACUAUGCUGGUAGAAAAAUCUAUGAGUAUUAUUUUGUUGGUCAUGGCUUUGGCCAUGUUGAUUAUUGACUUACGUAUGAAGUCUUUUUUGGCAAUUCCAAAUUUGGCAAUUUUUGGAGCCCUUGCAUCCUUGCUGUUUUUUCCAUCUCUGAAGAUUCCCACAAACCCAUUUGCCUUGGCAUGUUUCUUCAGUUGCCUGAUUUCAGAUCCUCUGCUUGAUGUUUACUUCAGUGGGCUCUCAGUAACUGAACGGUGGAAGCCCUACUUGUACCGUGGUAGAAUUUGCAGAAGACUUUCUGUCAUCUCGGUUGGAGUCGUUGAACUUAUCUUUUUUGUUCUUGCAGCCUUUAAACUAGGUGACUUGGAUCUCUGGUACUUUGUGAUACCUGGUUUUUCUAUUUUUGGAAUUUUUUGGAUAAUCUGUCAUGUUAUUUUUCUGAUAACUCUCUGGGGAUUUCACACAAAACUAAAUGACUGUCACAAGGUAUACUAUACCCACAGAGCAGAAAACAACAGCCUCGAUAGAGUUAUGGCAUCUAAAGGAAUGCGUCACUUCUGUUUAAUUUCAGAACAACUGGUAUUUUUCAGCCUCGUCGCAACUGCUGUGUUGGGGGCAGUAUGUUGGCAGGUAAAUAAUAAUCUCUUUAUCUUGAUCUCCCUCUUGCAAGUGUUCCUGAGAAUUGUUGGCUUUUCAAAAUCGUUAUGA